AUGGAAAAAACCAAGCUACUUGAAGAUAAAUUUUCUUAUUAAACCACUUUCUUGAGUAAAAUAACAUCUGCGUUAUUAGGAAUUUCGACUCUUAUUGCAUGGAGUGCUAUUUUGAAUUCUUUUGACUUCUUUCUUUUUAAAUACCCUAAAGAGAUUUUUCAUGAUGUCACAUUUUUGUUUCCUAUUCCUUUAAGAUUUGCUACGUUCAUUUGGGGUUUAGCUAUGGGUAAGAUAUAUAAAAAAUAUUCUAUCAAGAUUAAUAUUGGACUUUCAUUGUUGAUUUAAUCACUUUUAAUCGUCAUACUGGUUAUUACUGCUCAAUUUAUUGAAAAUGUAUAUGGAUUGAUUAUAUGCAUGGUGCUUUGUUUUAUCAUUGGAACAUUUAAUUGUAUUUCUUAAAAUUGUAGUAUAGCAUUUAUCUCUCAAUUCGACAAAAGUAACCAAGGAAUUUUUUGGAUAUUCACUUCUUUGAGCGGACUUUCCAUGAAUUUUGCUAGAGUAGUUAUAUUAGCUAUUUGUGGAAAAGAUGAAGAUGGAAUUACUAAAAGAACAUUGACUUGCUUUAUAAUAGCAUGCCUGAUAAUUUAUGCUACCAUUUUCUCUCUAUUCAAAUUCUUAAAAUCUGAAUAAAAUAAUUAAUAUUCUCAUUCAAGAAGUACAAGUACCACAGAAACAGUAGUAAAAAGCACUUUAGAAAGUUAAAGCGAAGAAAUAACUAUUGAAUUUACUGAAAACGAGCAAAUUUAAUCCAAACCUAGCUUUAAGAGUUGCUUAAAAAGUGUGAGAUACAUAGCGCUCUUUCUUUUUACUAACUAUGUAAUUAGUUUUAUGUUAUUUCCAGGUGUUUCAAUAUAUUAAAAAAGAUAUUCGUUUAUAGAUUCGUUGGCUUGGUCAAGUCUUAUAAUGUAAAUUUUAUUUAAUCUUGGAGACUUCUUUGGAAAAAUAGUCAGUAGCUUUCAUUUUUAUAGUUCAGUUCUGCUUUAUACUUUAACUAUUUUAAGAGGCAUAUUUUUCUAUACAUUUUUGAUGUCUGCAAGAGAACCCGAUAACUAAUUCUUUCGAAACGAUUAUUUUGCUAUGGUAGACAUUUUUAUAUUUGGUUUGACACAUGGCUUUGUAGCGAGCGGUCUUAUGUAAAUAGGAGCAAAAAAAAGUUCUAAUCUUGAAGAAAAAAAUAUAAUUUCAUUUAUUUUGGCGUUUUUCUUUACAUUAGGUUUGUCUGCAGGUACUUUUUUAGCAUUAAUUCUAGAAGAACAUUGA